UCCCUCCUGCGGCCGUCCCAUGUCCUCCGGCACUCCCCGACGCCGUCCCUCCCUCGGCUGCGAUGCCCAACAUGCUCUCGAACGGCCCAAACCCGCUUCGCUUCACUCACCAGAGCCCUAGUCCGGACCACGGCCUGCGUCGGCCGCUCUCGCCCUCGCCCUCGUCGCGGCAUGCUCCCCUCUCCACAGUGCUGGAGGAAGAAACCCCCGAUUCCAGCGACCUGUUCGAUGCCAAGUUCUAUCCUUCCGGCAGCAGCCCGGCGACGCAGCCUCACCCCGACACCCGAUACCGCAUACCGCUUGACCGGAUCGACGGAACCGAUCCCUCAGCAUUGGGUGCCUUUGGCGCUCGCACACGCAGUAUCGACGCCGAUCUCUACCCGGACUCGGCCGACGCCAGCCUCCUCCCGCGGACCGAUCUGCCAUCGUCAUCGGCCCUGAUGGAUGAGUCGGUCCCAUGGCUCGCCAACGACAUGAACGCAGCGACCGAGCCCAGCGUCGAAGUCGCCUGGAAUGUGCGCCUUGGUCAGGACGACCUCGACCGCCUCGACGACCUGGACGACAUGGCCUUCCAGCACAAGCAGGACUUUGAUCGCUCGUUGCGCCAGUUCGAGGACGAGUUCGAGAACGACAUUUCCAAUCUCGACGGCCUGACCCAGCUCGAAAUGAACGGCUUGGACAUCCACGGCACAGACUCGGCGCUUGUGAGCCCACAGAGCCGCCGAGCCGAGUCGUUUCUGUCGCCCCAGUCGUAUCCACAUCGGAGCGGCUAUCAGCAGCAGGGGCAUCCUCGACCAGAAUAUCCGUACCAGGACUUUCGUCUGCCAGAACAGCAACAGCAGCAGCACUACCACUCAGAUCAGCAGCAGCAACCGUUGUCCCCCGACGGCACGUCCGGCAUGUCGUCCCCGUCGCUCCAGCGCACCAGCUCGGUUCAUCGUCCCAUCCGCUUUGACUUUGAUGAGCACGCUGAGCCCUUGGUCGCCACGCUACCAGGUUCUCCCGCCAUCGAUUCACCAUCAACAGCAGCAGCAGCAGCCGACCCGUUCCGCCGAUCACUGCGAGCUCGCCCGCCGAGCGACUCGCUUGCAGGGGGAUCAUAUCCGAAUCCCCAUCCUAUAUCGACGCCAACGCCCAACCGCAUUCCACUCUCCUCUGGGAGCUCUGUGGCAGCGACGCCGCUAUACCCCCGCAGUGGACUGGAUCGCCCGCCAUCCAGACUCAAGCCCUUUCCGAGUCCGGCGAUCGACUACUCGUCGCAUCCUGCAUCCAUCGUCCACGGCGAUUCAAACGACCGAGCCGAAACAAGUAUAUCCGAAUACUUGCCCAACGACGUUGCUGUUCUGCAGGAGAUGCUUUCGGCAAGUCUCAAAAAGUGCCAGACGCUGGAGCAGACAAACCAGGACCUGUCGGAGCGCCUCGACGAGGCCGUAUACGAACGCGAAAAGGCUGUCGCGGACUGCCGUGAUGAAUGCGAGAAGCAACUCUUGGAGGACAAGAAAAUGGACGCACAGCGAUACGCCACCCUUCAGUCUGAAUACUCGGCUCUGCAGGAUCAGCUGCGCGUGCUGCACAACACCCAAAUCCACAUGGCCUCGAUUCGAUCGAGCCUCGAGCGUGAGAAGGAGCUCGAUGUCCUCAGCAUCAAGAAGGAGCUCACGACUCAGAAGGAAAAGGACCUGCAGCUGCUGCGGAAGGAGCUCAUUGCAAGCAUGGCCACCGAAAAGGACGAGAUGACCAAGCGGCUGCGGGCCCAGAUCCAGCAACGUGAUUCGGAAAUCGAGCAAGAGCGCAAUACCCACCAGACCGAGGUCGAGAACCUGGAGCGCGUUCUCCGGCAACAAGAAUAUGAUCUUGCACAGCUGCGACGGCAGCUGACCACCCGGAGCGGUAUCGAGGCGUCGACUCAGUGCGACAAUACUGCCAUGCUCGAGGAUCUGCAAAGGCUCAGGGAGCAACACCAGGCGCUACUUGGCGAGCGGGAGCUGCAGCAGCAACAGAUCCGGCAGAUAUUUUCCAAAGUGGCCGACUUUCCCACCCAGGCCAGCGACGACAGCCCGGCAAUCACGCAGUACUGUCUUGACUUUGCCAACUAUGUGGAGCAGAUGCAGCUCACGCAUCGACAAGAGCUCAGCGAGAAGGACGAGGCUCUCCGUAAAGCCCAGAGCGAGCAUGUGUUUUCGUUCACCAAAUCCGAGACGCAGCAUCGCCAGGCGAUCCGCGAACUAAGCGCACGCCACGCGCACGAGCUCGAGAGUCUCAAGGUCACGUACGACUCGACCAUCUCCCAGCUCAAGUCCGAGAUUGCCAAGGCACACAUGGACAAGUUCCGGAGUUCGACCAUGUCGACACGCUCCGACCACUCGCAGAUGUCUCUCGGCGAGCUCAAGGCCAAGUUUGGUCCUCAGCUCUCGCAGCUCCGCGAGCAGAUGGACGGCGAGUACCAGCGACGCAUCGAGUUGCUGACGCGCCAGCACGAAGUCGCUGUCGAAAAGCUGAUGGCCAGCAUGGAGGUUGAAAAGACCGAGCUGAUGCUGCAGCACCAGCGUGAGCUCGAGGCCACAACGAAAAAGUUUCAUCAGUACGCUGCAUCGUGCCAGACGCGAAUAGCCAAGAUGAAGGAAGACUUUCAAAAGCUCGAGGCCGAGCUGGUGGACAGGACAGAGCGCGAGAAGCAAGAGUACCUCGACAGCUUCCAGAAGGAACUACAGCGCCAAGCGACGGCGGCGUCGGAUACGAGGGCCAGCGACCAGGCGCUAGCGGCCAAGGAAUCGCAGAUCCAGAGCCAGCAGUCCCGGAUAGCCGAGCUUCAGGACCAGCUGGCACGAGACCGGCAAAGCCACGAACAUGCAAUGCAGCAAUCACAGGCGACACACAGACUCACGCUCGAGAGCGUCAAGGCCAAGUACAUCGAGACCCUCAAGACAAUGCGCGACGACGUGGCCGCCAGCAAGCAGAAGAGCUGGGAGCGCUUUGAGAGCGAGUGGAGGCGGCGCAAGGAGAUGUUUGAGCAGGAAUGGCAGACGAGGCUGGCGGAGACCGAAUCCUUUUAUCAAACCGAGGUCGCCCGUCUGCGCCAGCAGCUCGAGAGCAAGCGGCUCCCCACAAGAUCCGAGCCAGCAACAAGGCACCCGCCGGCACAGACGAAUGGCGGUGCCCGAGAAGAGAAGGAGGUUCGCUUCCGAGGCGUGAGCAGCUCGACAUCCGAGUACAGCUUCCCUCUGGAUCCGGGGUCGCCUCUGGGCCGGGACGGCGCUGGGCGAGUGGCGCCCUUUGAGCCAGACUCUCUGCCCGUAAACGGUGAGGGUGGGGGAGGACCAGCGUCGACGGAGCGGAGGCCAUCUUCAGCCAGACCCAAAUCCCGGGUAUGGCGGUGAGCGAGGGCCUUGGGCGUAGUCGUUGGCCAUGACAAGGUUUCCCACGGCAGGGAGUACAUUCCUGCUGCUGAUCCUGGCGAAUAAAUUUAGCUGUCGCGUGCAGAGUGGA